AAAAGAAGUAAAAGAAGCUCUCUCUCUCUUUCUUCAUUACCUCACUCUGAUAACACCUCUUUACCUCACGCACGCGUUUUCGGAUCCUUCCUCCUUGACCCGACCCAUUUGACCCGACUCCACUUUCCUCUCCCGGGUCUGUCUCUUUUUCUUAAUCCCUCUUCUUCAACUGUCUCUUCUUCUUCUUCUUCUGGGAAUAUUUAGAGAUUUACAAGAUCCAUAUUGAGAGAAGAGAAGAAAUCGUAACCGUAACAACAAAAAAAUGUUGAAGACAAAAGCAAUGUUUCCUCACAAAGAUCAAGCAAUGAUGUUGUCUCAGUCUUUAGAUCAACCACAAUCUGAUCUUGUCAAACCAAUCACUAACCCACUUGCUUUGAGUCUUUUGAUUGGUCUGAACAACAACAACAAGUGUUGCAUCUCUUCAGAUUCUGAUUUUGUCAGGAGUCCCAAAUCUCCUCUUGAAUUCAGGGUCUUGUCUACAAUGGCUGAUCCUUUUUUCCUUAGAUCUCCUAGAUCAUCAUUAUCACUCACUGCUCAUCUUAACUGUUGUUGUCGUGUCCCUGCUGCUAAAGUUGGGUUAAGUAUUGUUGGUGGUGAUGAUGAUCGUUGUUUGUUGCCUGAUGUUGUGUUUGGUCCUGCCUUGAGGAUCAAAUGUUCUAAGGUUAGGGUUAGGGAUAACCCUUUAGCCAAGUCUUUGAAGAUUGAAAAGGAAAGAUCUGGUGUUGUGUUUGAGAUAGGUGAUGGUAACUCGUGUGAGGCUGAGCCUGUUGGGUUGAGAAACCGGUCUUUUUCUGCGAAUGAUUGUCUUAGGAAAACCCGAGUUCUGUCUGGAUCCAAGUUUGGGGCUGAAGGGGACUUCUCAGGGAGUGCUUCUGACAAUGCUUUCUCCUCUUGUCUCUCUGAGGAUGACAUGGAGGAUUACACUUGUAUCAUUGCUCAUGGUCCUAACCCGAAGACCACUCACAUUUAUGGUGACCGAGUUUUAGAGUGUCACAAGAACGAGUCGAAGGGAGAUGAUGACUAUGAAGGGACACAGUCCGAGUCCAUGCUUGCAUCUGUUAACUUCCUCAACGUUUGUAACUUUUGCAACAAGAAUCUCGAAGUUGGCGACGACAUCUAUAUGUACCGUGAGAAACCGUUUUGCAGCGAAGAGUGUCGUUCAGAGGAGAUGAUGAUAGACGAAGAGGACCUGGAAGAUUCAUGCAUAACUAUGCACGAAUCGCUAAAGAAGCUCUUCUGAAUAAGAAGCAACUAAAGAUGAUGGCAAAUGGGACGAGCUUUUAUAGACCCGACCAUCGUCUUUUAACUACUUAAAAGACUUAUUAUAUAUGUAUUGACUAGUGUCAUGCCAAUGUUAGGUAACAUUUGGCACUAGAACCCGUUCAUCCGUCUACAAAGAGCUGUGUUUUAUGCACAUCUAUUAACAGCUGCAGCAGCCACGGAUGGAUCGGCCGGCCUUCUUUUUGUAUAUUUUGUAAUGGGUUCCGUUUUUUUUUUUUCGUUUCUUGGAUAUCGAAGUUGAAGGAUACUAGUACUAAGAUUUUAACUGAAUAAGGUUGCAGAAAGAGAGAGUGUUGGUUGCGAAAGGGAUUGUGUGACCACUACAUUUUCGUUUCGAGUCAUGGUUUUAGAGUCUUUCUAUGGACUCAUAAGUUUGUAUGAAGAUUUUAAUGAAAUAAGUAAUAUAUCUAUUGUGUUACAACUA